GUCUGCAACUAACAUGGACACAGCUGGGAAGGUCAUCAAAUGUAAGGCAGCAGUAGCCUGGGAGCCCAACAAGCCCCUGGUGAUUGAAGAGGUGGAGGUAGAACCUCCGCAGGAGAAGGAGGUCCGAAUCAAGGUGGUGGCAUCGGGUCUGUGCCAGUCAGACCUGUACUAUUUGUAUAAAGAUAUGAAUAAAGAUCUCUUCCCAUUGGUUCUUGGCCAUGAAGCUGCUGGAAUAGUGGAAAGUGUUGGCAAGGGUGUCACAGAAUUUCAGCCAGGAGACAAGGUUAUUCCCUUGUUCAUCCCACAGUGUCGAGAAUGUCGCUUCUGUAAGAACCCUAAGACCAACCUAUGUGAAAAACGUAAAAUACAUUUUCUCCACAGAGGAUCAAGUGAACCUAACAUGGCAAACUCCAGAAUUUGCUGUAAGGGGAAGAAGUUGCUGCAGUUUAUGGGAACCAGUACCUUCUCCGAGUACACUGUAUUGAAAGAGAUUGCUCUAGCGAAGAUUGACCCAGCUGCCCCUCUGGAUAAAGUUUGCCUCCUUGGCUGUGGGGUCUCCACGGGGUUUGGAGCAGCAAUUAAUGUUGCCAAGGUUGAACCAGGCUCCACGUGCGCUGUGUUUGGUCUGGGAGCUAUAGGAUUGGCUGCAGUCAUGGGCUGCAAAGCUGCAGGAGCUAAAAGGAUCAUUGCUGUUGACAUCAAUCCAGACAAGUUUGAGAAAGCCAAAGUGCUUGGUGCAACUGAUUUUGUGAACUCUAAAGAGCACAGUAAGCCUAUCAGCCAGGUGCUCGUUGAGAUGACCAACGGAGGAGUGGACUAUUCCCUGGAAUGUGUUGGGAAUGUGGAAGUCAUGCGCAGUGCCUUGGAGUCCAGUGCACCAGGUUGGGGCGUCAGCGUGAUUGUUGGCUACACAAACUUGCACGACAUUAGUGCUCGGCCCCUUCAGCUUAUGACUGGACGAACAUGGAAGGGCACCUUGUUUGGAGGGUUCAAGAGUAAGGACGGUAUUCCCGAGAUGGUUAAAAACUACCUGGACAAGAAGGUGACGCUGGAUGAGUUCAUCACUCACAAGAUGACUUUGGACCAGGUCAAUGAUGCGAUUGAGCUGUUGAAGCAUGGCAAAUGCAUCCGGGCAGUCAUGAGUGUUUCUCCACAAUAAGCCAAAGUGAUCC